GGAGAAAGUUUGUAUUCCCAGUCUGUACAUCAUCUGUGGUUUUAUUGUACAAGACUAUCUAAUUAGGAGGAUCCGCCCAUAAGUAAAACUGACAUUUUAAAAACCAAGGACCACUUGAGGAAACUCAAUGAGCUGAGAAGGGAUUUCUUCUAAAGUUGAAGCUUUUUAGCAAUGUCCUUUUCACCUUCACCUGGUUUUAUUGUUCUGCUAUUUUCCUGCAUCGUCAUUCUACCAGACUUCUCAUCUGCACAGGGGAGCUGCAGUGCACGAUGUGGAGAGGAUUACUACAGGGGCUAUGCAUGCCACUGCGACUACAACUGUCUGCUUCAUAAGGAAUGUUGCUCUGAUUAUGAGGGGCUUUGUACCACAGCAAACUCCUGUAAGGGGCGCUGUGGAGAAGUCUUUCAGCGAGGACGGAAGUGUGACUGUGAUGCUGGCUGCUCAGAAUUUAAUCAGUGCUGUCCCGAUUAUCAAAGCCACUGCUUAAAAGAAACUCCAAAAACAACUGUUGCUAAGCCCAUAAUUAUGCACACCACAACAGGAGCGAACAUCCCUGAAGUGCAAGCAACAAAGAAAUCAGCAGUAUACCUGUCUCCUUUAAUUCAGAAACUAGUUCCAACAACACAGUCAUCAGCUACCACAGCUUCCUCCAAGUUUCAAGCCAUUGAAACAACAGCAACUGAUUCCAACAGUGUGAAUGAAGAGAUGAUCCAAGAUCUGUCUGAAAGCCAGUUGAUCACCCUAUCCACUUUACCACCACCCAACCCAUCAACUUCCAGACCUGUAUUUACUACAAUGCAACGAGAAAACUUGUCGUAUCCUGAAUUUCAAAGGGAUGAUGAGACAGUCUUACUUGAAUUAACUGAAGCAAUGCCUUAUCAAGAAGAAUUCCUCAUAACUUUUAUGCCUUAUCAAGAAGAAUUCCUCCAAAGUCAUUCAUUUUCCACUGAGCCAUCAGCAUCUUCAAGUGUAUUUUCCACCAUUCAAUCAACCACAGAAGCAUCCACAAAGCCUGAAGAACAUGUAGACCAACUUGUGUUAGAAAGUGAAACCACAAAUCCUGUUGUUACUGGGCAAACUAAUACACCUGCUGCACCAGUAAACGAUCAGGAACCAGAGACCACAUCAGAAAGUGGGUUUGAACCCUCGAUGACAGAUGCACCUGCGACUGACACCCCCUCACCGCCUGAGGGAGAUGUUCCUUCAGCAAGCCCAACUCAGACCCCUGCAAGUACCAGCACUUUGAGUCUUACCACCACCGCACCUACAAACACUCAAAGUGACAUUUUCUUACCAGAGUUUAUGACUACAGUGUCAAACCUGGAAGAUUCAACCUCACUUCCUCAGUAUUCCACAGAGUCAUCAACUCCUUUAAUUGCCUUUUCCACCCCCCAGACCACCACAGUGGCGUCUGAAAAACCUGAACAACAGGCAAAACCGACAGCGCCCCAGGCUUCAGAAAUCAGUACCACAAGACCUGAUAUCUCUGUUCUAGCGAGCAUAUCUGCCACAGAUAAUGUGGAAGAAUUCAGCCCGACAGAGCUGCAGACCCCUGGAGGAGCACCAGCCACACCCCCAGGAGCAGAAAAUAUUCCAGAUCCUGCUGUACCUACAGAUACAGAAUCAGUGACCCCUACUAACGGAGCUCCUUCAUCAGCAAGCCCAACAACGUUCCUUGCAAUCAUGAGCACUCCAAGUUCCACCACCACAGUCCCGACCAGUGAUGUUUUGUUAGCAGAUGACAAUGAUGAUGCCAAUCUCUGCAGUGGCCGACCAGUAAAUGGGAUAACGACUCUACUAAAUGGGACAAUGUAUGUAUUUCGAGGACACUGGUUUUGGAUGCUCAGUUCCUAUGGGAUAGUGGCAGGAUAUCCUCGCAGGAUCACAGACGUUUGGGGCAUUCCCUCUCCCAUUGACUCAGUCUUCACACGCUGUAACUGCCAAGGAAAAACCUUCUUUUUCAAGGGCACCGAGUACUGGAGAUUUGAAAACGGGGGCAUGGACCCUGGCUACCCCAAAUUAAUUAGCAGUGGCUUUGGAGGGAUUAAAGGAAAAAUAACUGCUGCUCUUUCAAUUUCUUCAACCAGGAUAAGACCAGAAUCAGUUUACUUUUUUAAACAAGGUGGUUUAGUCCAAAAAUAUUCCUACACUCAAAACCCUCCACAAACCUGUAAGAAGAUGCAGACUCAGUACUCCAUCUACAGCAUUAGGAACCGGUUUGCACGUCAGCUUAGCAGUCAAAGCAAAAACACAGUUACUCUUGGCCAAGAAAUCAAUAUAAAAUUACAGUGGAGAGGAUUUCCCACAUCAGUCACUUCGGCUGUAUCAGUACCCAAUGCAAAGAAGAGAGAUGGAUAUGACUACUUUGUGUUUUCCAGGACUCAGUACUACAACAUUAAUAUUCUUGCUGAUCAACCGACUGUAAUCUACCCUUCACCUUCUUUACAAAGGCAACAGAGCACAGCAAAGGACUGGUUCAAGUGCCCAUAGCGAUACACCUGGGUAAUAACUUGGAAGCAGACAGACAUCGGACAACUAAUAGUCAACUUUUAUUAAUAAAA